AUGUACCGAUGUUCUGAUAAGGGAAGCCUAUGUACACUGCACGAGGUCUGCAGCCAUGCCCGAUGCCGGAUACCUACCCUCAUAUACACACACUCACACAGCAGAGAGACCAAGACAGGAGAUGAGCUGUGGGACGAUAUCAGCCCAAUCUGUAUUACUGUACAUGGUGUACAUGGCUACUGUACAUGGCAUGCUGUCCGGCAUCGCGACCACUGCUCACGUGCUGCCCCUGGAGCUUCCAGAUGUCGCCCGUAG